UCCUCAGUGGUUGAGCGGCGGGACUCUGAGGCGCUUUCUGCCGGUGCCGCAGCGGAGGAGCCUGAGGCGUCCCUUCUUCCUGAGGAGCCAUGGCAGGAGCCUUCCUCCUCCUCCUCCUCGUCGUCUUCGUCCUCCUCGUGGCCCCUUCCUCUUCGUACUGGGAAGGCCCCGACGGGAGCGGCGGUGGAGCGCCUUCCCUGGGUACAUCCGAACCUUCUUUCAUUGCUAAGAGUGAAGACCGCUUAUUUAAGUACCUAUUUGAAGACUAUGAAAGAUGGGUACGUCCGGUGGAGCGCUUGAACGAUACCAUCAGAGUGAAAUUUGGCCUUGCUAUUUCCCAGUUGGUGGAUGUGGAUGAGAAAAAUCAGCUGAUGACCACAAAUGUUUGGUUGAGGCAGGAAUGGGUUGAUGUAAAGCUGAAGUGGGACCCCAAAGACUAUGCUGGAAUCACGUCUAUCCGUGUUCCUUCUGAUUCCAUAUGGAUCCCUGACAUCGUUUUGUAUGACAAUGCAGAUGGCCGUUUCGAAGGAACCUCUACAAAAACUGUGGUGAGACAUGAUGGCACUAUCUCUUGGACUCCGCCAGCGAACUACAAAAGUUCCUGCACCAUCGAUGUGACUUAUUUUCCAUUUGAUCUCCAAAACUGCUCCAUGAAAUUUGGCUCCUGGACCUACGACGGCUCCCAGGUUGAUAUAAUUCUGGUGGACGAAGAAGUCGACAAGAGGGAUUUCUUUGAUAAUGGAGAAUGGGAAAUAGUCGCAGCGACUGGCAUUCGGGGGAAUAGAACCGACGGGUGCUGCUGGUAUCCGUUCAUCACCUACUCGUUUAUCAUUAGGCGCUUGCCUCUCUUUUACACACUGUUCCUCAUUAUACCGUGCAUUGGGCUGUCCUUCUUGACCAUCCUCGUCUUCUACCUUCCCUCCUACGAAGGGGAGAAGAUCUCUCUCUGCACCUCCGUCCUGGUCUCUUUGACCGUCUUCCUUCUCGUCAUCGAGGAAAUCAUACCAUCGUCAUCCAAAGUCAUACCUCUGAUCGGCGAGUAUUUGGUGUUUACGAUGAUCUUUGUGACCCUGUCCAUUGUCAUCACCGUCUUCGCCAUCAAUGUCCAUCACCGCUCUUCCUCCACGCACAGCGCCAUGGCACCGUGGGUCCGCAGGAUCUUUCUGCACAAACUCCCCAAGCUGCUUUGCAUGCGGAGCCACGUCGACAGAUACUGUGCUCCAGAGGACGAGGAGGAGAGGAAUUGUAGUGGCAAUGGGUCUCCGUCCUCGAGGAACACCUUGGAAGCUGCUCUCACCUCUAUCCGAUACAUUACGAGGCACAUCGCCAAGGAGAAUGAAGUACGUGAGGUGUGUGUAUUGGCCGUGAUGUAUUCAGAUCUACGUACCUGGAAGCAGAGCAGAGACAACUGGGUUGCUGUGGUUGAGGACUGGAAAUUUACAGCGCAAGUGCUGGAUCGCGUCUUCUUAUGGACGUUCCUUCUGGUUUCAAUCAUUGGAUCCCUGGCACUAUUUAUCCCUGUGAUUCAUAAGUGGGCGAGCAUCAUCGUCCCUCUCCACAUCGGAAGCACAAAUAAAUAAAGGCAGGAGCAGAAUUAA